AUGGCCUCACCCCUAUCUGGGCCGGGGCCCUCAGCCCUGGGCUUCCUACUACUCCUGCUCCUGCUCCAGCCCCCCGCCCAGGGCGCAGCCUCCGUGCGUGGACACCCCAAGACCAACACAGUCUCCCUGACUGGUGCCAUUGCCUGUGGCCGGCGUGCCAUACAGGGCAAGGUCUUGGGUGGCGACCCCGCCCCGGAGAGGAAGUGGCCGUGGCAGGUCAGCGUGCACUAUGCCGGCUUCCACGUGUGCGGCGGCUCCAUCAUCAGCGAGUACUGGGUGCUGUCGGCCGCGCACUGCUUCCACAGGGAAAAAAGCUUUGACACCUUUGACAUAUACGUGGGCCUCGUCAACCUCGUGGUGGCCGGCAGUCACACCCAGUGGUACGAAGUGAACAAGGUGAUUCUCCACCCUAUGUACGAAGUGAACCACCCCAUGGGAAGCGACGUGGCCCUGGUGCAGCUGAAGGCUGCCAUUGUGUUCUCUGAGUACGUGCUCCCCGUUUGCCUGCCACCUCCAGACGUGAACCUGAGGAACCUCACUUGCUGGGCUACAGGAUGGGGACUGGUCUCCCAAAAAGGUUCAUCCUCAAAGGAGCUGCAGGAAGUGCAGGUCCCCCUGAUUCCAUUGUCCCAGUGCCAGCUGCUUUAUGGAAACCCAUACUACAUCCAGCGGGACAUGCUGUGUGCUGGAGAUAUCAGGAACCUGAAGACCGUGUGUGAGGGUGACUCUGGGGGCCCACUUGUCUGUGAGUUCAACCACACCUGGGUGCAGAUUGGGGUUGUGAGCUGGGGCAGCGGUUGCUCCCACCCAAUGUUCCCUGCCGUCUAUGCCCGAGUCUCCUAUUUCUCAAAAUGGAUAACUGAGAACAUAGAAGCCACACCCAAUCCUCCUCCUCCGGUUCCCGACCACACCCCAGCUCUGGGGACCACCUUUAGUGUGUUUGUGACCACACUGGCCAGCCCGUCAGUGUUGUGAGAACCCAGACCCCCACCCCACCCCACCCCAAGAGCCACAUGUCCUGUCCUUCCUCAGCUGCGGCCCCCAGAUCUCGUGCACAUCUUGCUGGUCUCUCUGGAGCCAGGUGAGGGCCACCUGCCCAUGCCCAGAUGCUGGGACAGGGAGGGGCUGAGCAAUGAUGAGAGAGCAGGGGGUCAGGGGCUGCCCAGGAAGGCUGAGGGGGUGCCCAGGCAGAGCCCAGAGCUUCGGUUGACUGCAUCUGAGAUUGGAUACGAUCAUUAAAUCCUUAUGAAGCAAGCA